AUGGGGCUGGUUCUCCUCUUCCUCACCAUGCUGGCCACGCUGGUCUCCUCUGAGCACCCAGAAGGAGACCUGGAUACCUACUGGUCCGGCACUGCACCCAUCUGCAUGGGGGGCUGCAAGGGGAAGCAUAAGGAGCUGAAGAGGAGCCAGUGUGGGAACGGCAGCUGCUGCUGGCUGGGCUACAAAUCCUUCUGCCGAGGUACGGCCACUCAGGGGCUCUGGGAGUGCAUGGGGCAGGUUUGGUUCCCAUUCCCCUCCACGCGUGUCCCACCGAGCCGCCUGCCUAUGGGAACCUCCCCAUCCCCAGUGAACUGCGGGAGGCCCGAGGCGGACUUCAACUCAGUGGUGCAUGGCAAUGACUGGUGGGUGGGCUCUGUGGUGCGCUACAGCUGCCGGCCCGGCUUCAUGCUGCUGGGGAACCCGGCCAGCGCCUGCCAGUCUGACGGCCACUGGACGCCCAAGCCCACCUGCCUCCGUGAGUACAGUGGGGUGGGAUGGCUGUUGCUGUCCCAGCAGCCCACCGUGGGGAAAAAGGGGCUGGUGGCUACACUGGGGGAGCGCUCCAGACCUGCUCCUGCAGGGAUCUGCCUGCGAGGCCGGAUCGAGAUCAGCGAGCGGGACAUCAGCGGGAGCUGCUCGUCGUCCUGCAGCACCCAGAACCACCUGGGAGCCUCCCUGCGCCACGGCUGCAUCAAGAUCUCCUCCUGCAGCACCAAACGCUCGGGCUGGGUGCGCUGGUUCCUGCGCUGCGACGUCUGCGAGUGCGACUGCCACGUGCCCUGCGGGGAGACCCAGUAGCGGCGCCCACCUCCGUUUCUCCUGGCAGAGCUGAGCCUUCUGCACUGAGGUCUGCUGGCCACGCAUCUCUGGUGCUGGGCUCUUCCUUUCCAUAAUUUCUAUCCAUCCUGAAGCUGUCAUCUGGGAGAAGAGUUUUGGGACUUGCUGCCUUUCUGCCUGGCCCCAUCACAUGGCAUGCAGGGAAUGCUGUCGGCAGCAGGAACUGGGCAGCUGCAUUCAGGACUUGGAGACCUCCACGUCUCCUGCUGGCUGCUCCCUGGAGAAGGCUCACAUCCUCUUCUAGCAGGCAGGCAGCACUUUGCCUGUCCUGCAGGCUGCCAUUUCUCUCUGCUAGUUAUUUCCUGCCCCUGUGUGCAGUCAGCAGGGCUGUCAUGCUGCUCCAUCUGUGCAGGCAGGGUGUGGGGGCUGCUGUGCAUGGUGCCUGCAGGCUGGGGCUGCUCCUUCCUGCAGUGUGUGAUUUGCUCUAACCCCCCCCUCCCCCCAAUCCUCCCCAGGGACAUCUCUGGGUAGCUGAUGCCUUGCAGCCAGAACAGGUAAGGACACAAGACCCCUCCUUGGUCCUGGGUUCCCUGGGAUCCCAGCCCUGAGUCCUUCAUUCUGUCCCAUGUGCCCUCAUGUCCCACUGUUGUGAUGGUCUCUGGGUGCCACCUGCUCUGCAGGGACACCCUGGAUCCCUCUGAAGCAGCAAUGGAAGAACCCAAAUUGUUAUUCCCUGGGGAGGAAGAGGGGCAGGAGCAUGUGUAAUGGGAUCAGCAGGGGAAAUGGGCCCAGCACCACCACCACUGUGGGUAAUUAAAAAAAUUGUUUACAGGCAAUGACACAGAUUUGCAGUUAUACAUGGAGGUUCUGCUGCCUGCUCCAUUCCCACAGCCCCACACAGAGAGGGCAGCUGCUCUCCCAGCUCCAGCUGUGAGCGCCCUGGGUCAGGAGGCAGCAGCUGAAAUGGCUUUGGGAUGAGCCCAGCACCUCUCCUGCUCCAUGAGGAACUGACUGCAGGCCUCGCUGUGGGGCUGACUCUGAUGUUGCACCCUCUGCCUGAAUCCCAUUCCUAAAGGGCUGCAUCCCUGCCCCCAUCUCUGUCCCAGCCCCGAUCCGGCUGUGAGAGAGGAAAGAUUUCCUUAGCUCACCAGAUGGGUAUUUUAAUUAAUACUGUUGUUAGUGUCACUCAUUUCCAUAUGGCUUUCAUGUUUAAGUGCUGUGGUGGGUGAGAGGUGUGAGCGACAGCGAGGAGGGAGCCAGGUGCAGCACGGUGACAGCAUGCAGGGGAGUGGAUGCUGGGGGCAAGCUGCGGGGUUGACAGCAUCCCACCAGGACCCUGGGGUGGGCAGCUGUGCCCUCUGGCCCUUGAUGCUUGCUGUGAGCUUUCUGAGCAGUGCUCUGCCAUCGUUGCAUCCUGCUUGUGCCCUGUGGUGGAGGCUGUUGGGUGCAAUGCAAUACAAUGCAAUGCAAAGGUAGCUCAGUGUGGGGCUAGGUGAGCCCUGGGAGUGGGCUG